AUGGAGAAUUCUUCAGAAUCGCCUCGUAAAAAUGAAUUUGUUGAAACUAUGUUUAAAUCACUUAAUUCAUAUACAAGUGAAUUACAACAAGAAUUAGAAAUACUCAAUCAAAAAGUUGCUGAUCAAACUCUAAUUGAACAAACCUAUGAUACAUCGCAAGAACAACUUCAAGACGAUUUGAUCAAAUUACGUGCAGCUAUCGAAACAAAUACCGUCAAACGAUCACUGCUUGAUCGAAAUUUAAGCGAACGAACAACGAUGUCUCAAUUGUUACAUGGUCAAAUUGUCGAAAAACGUCAAGAACAAAAUGCAAUUAUUGAUAAAGCCAAUACAGUUAAAUAUAAUCAUCAUCGAAAUAUUGGAAAAAUAACUGAACAAUGUGCUAAUUUAACGAUGGCUUUUCGAACAAAUUAUCAUGCUUAUGCUCGAGCAGAUCUUGAUGAAAUACGAAAAAAGACUGAAAUUCGAUUGAAGACAAUUUCUGAUGAAGUGGCUAAUACUGAAUUAACUGUUAUAAAUCAUAAAGAUAAAUUGGCUGAAUUAAAUGAAAAACUUGAUAGAGAAAUAAUUCAUUUUAACUAUUUAAAAGAAUCAAUUGAGAUAAUAGGACAAAAGCUUCAAAUAGAUAAUGAAGAUAUCAUUGAUGUAAAUAAUCUUGAAAAGCAAUUAGCUGAUUUACAACUAUCAAUCAAUGAAUUAGAGGCUUGGCAUAUGCGAACAAAUUAUCCAUCAUAA